AUGGCAGACCAACAAGACGUCGACUUGGACUCGAUCAUCGACAGACUGCUCGAGGUCCGCGGUAGCAGACCCGGCAAGCAGGUCCAGCUCCUUGAAACUGAGAUCCGCUAUCUCUGCACCAGAGCUCGCGAGAUUUUCAUUUCUCAGCCCAUCCUCCUCGAACUCGAGGCUCCCAUCAAGAUCUGUGGUGAUAUCCACGGCCAAUACUACGACCUCCUGCGUCUGUUCGAGUACGGUGGUUUCCCGCCUGAGGCCAACUACCUCUUCCUUGGUGACUACGUCGACCGUGGCAAGCAGUCGCUUGAGACCAUCUGCCUGCUCCUCGCCUACAAGAUCAAGUACCCCGAGAACUUCUUCAUCCUCCGCGGCAACCACGAGUGUGCCUCGAUCAACCGCAUCUACGGUUUCUACGAUGAGUGCAAGAGAAGAUACAACAUCAAGCUGUGGAAGACCUUCACCGACUGCUUCAACUGCCUGCCCAUCGCCGCCAUCAUUGACGAGAAGAUCUUCACCAUGCACGGUGGCUUGAGUCCCGAUCUUAACUCCAUGGAGCAAAUCAGACGCGUCAUGCGCCCCACUGAUAUCCCCGACUGCGGUCUCCUUUGCGAUCUCCUCUGGUCUGACCCUGACAAGGACAUUACUGGAUGGAGCGAGAACGACCGUGGUGUUUCAUUCACCUUUGGACCCGACGUCGUAUCGCGCUUCCUGCAAAAGCACGACAUGGACCUCAUUUGCCGUGCUCAUCAAGUCGUCGAAGAUGGUUACGAGUUCUUCUCAAAACGUCAACUUGUAACCCUGUUCAGUGCUCCCAACUACUGCGGAGAGUUUGACAACGCCGGUGCCAUGAUGAGUGUCGACGAGAGCUUGCUGUGCUCAUUCCAGAUCCUCAAGCCAGCAGAGAAGAAGCAGAAGUACACAUCACCCCACCAAACCCCUCCCUAA